CGUACCAGUGAGAUUGAGACAGUAACAGAGGAGAGCUUGUUUGCUUUGCCGGAAAGCCAUGGCAGGAGUGAAGCUAGUUGUGGCUCUGUUGCUCCUCGUCUAUGUGAGUUGGGCGGGAGCCCUGGUGCACCACGUCGUCGGCGGCGACCGUGGCUGGGACACAUCUUCCGAUAUCGAGGCCUGGUUGUCCAACAAAGUGUUCAGAGUCGGAGACAAAAUCUGGAGGAAUUCGAUUCGUGCGAUGUGAGCAACCCCAUCAGGACAUACACGGAGGGUCUAGAUGCUGUAUUAAUGGGUUGCGAAGGGAUUCGCUACUUCACAAGCAGUAAGCCAAAGAGCUGCAGAGACGGCCUGAGGCUACUUGUGGAGGUCCAGUCCAAUCGUGAGAUCAAGAGCGAUGCCAAGUCAGAGACCGCUGCAACAACGCUGGCUGCUGGGCCCAUAUCCUUUUCUGCUGGAGCCCCCGCUGCAGCGACCCUAGCUGCCGGGCCCAUAUCCUCUUCUGCUGUAGGCCUUGCUGCAACGACCCUGGCUGAUGGGCCCAUACCCUCUUCUGCAGUAGCCCCCGCUGCAACGACCCUGGCUCCUGGGCCCAUAUCACCUUCUGCUGCAACCCAUUUCACUUGCACCUAGACAUCCUUAAUUUAA